AUGGCCGCAGUCCUCUUCGACAGCUCAAAAUCCGCAACAAUAAGCGAGCUCCUGGUAUCCUACCUCUCCCUCGGCCGGCUCGGCUCAGACGCGCAUUCGUCGCGCACAACAGCAUGGGUCCUGGUCGCUGUCUGGGUAACGCUGCUGGCGGUUGUUGCGCUGGCGGCGGUGUAUGUACUCAUUGCGUGCAUUGCUCAUUUCCCGCGCAAGGCCGAGAAGACAGAGAAUAUGUACAGAACAAUGACGACAGAAGGCCAAGUCUCCGACCUACGGCCGCUGCCACACAUUGACCAAGACGAAGCACGCGAGGUCGAGAGUAGGAAAGAGCGAGUGUUUAUGUCGGUCGUCGUGCCCGCGUACAACGAAGUCGCGCGGCUGCCAAUCAUGCUCGAGGAAGCGGUCGAGGUGCUAACCUCCUGGACCGUCGACGGCACGCCUGUGACUUGGGAGAUCUUGGUCGUCGAUGACGGGAGUCGGGAUGAGACUGCUGAUGUGGCGCUGAAGUUUGCUGGCGAGCAUAAGCUUGAUGAGGGGAGUUUGCGGGUUUGCAAGCUGGUCAAAAAUCGGGGGAAGGGUGGGGCCGUGACACACGGAAUGCAACGAGCACGAGGAGAUUUCAUUAUUUUUGCAGACGCGGACGGCGCCUCGAAAUUCUCGGAUAUUAGGUCCCUACACAGCGAGCUGAUAAAACUACCGGGUCGAAGUGGGAUCGCGCUAGGAUCGCGGGCACACAUGGUGAAGACAGACGCGGUCGUAAAGCGGUCGUUUAUUCGCAAUUUCCUGAUGUACGGCCUGCACACUCUUCUCUACGUCUUUGGCAUCCGCAGCAUAGGCGACACGCAGUGCGGGUUCAAGCUGUUCUCGCGCGCAGCGGUCAAAGCGAUCUUCCCGUACAUGCACAACGAAGGCUGGAUAUUUGACGUCGAGGUGCUGAUCCUUGCUGAGCGCAAGCGGAUUCCGGUUGCGGAAGUCCCGAUCUCGUGGCAUGAGGUUGAUGGGAGUAAGAUGGAGCUGGCGCGGGAUAGUAUCAAGAUGGCGGUGGAUUUGAUUGCCAUCAGAUGCUCGUACAUCCUGGGGAUCUACGACGAUGGCCGGCGCGCGGGUGAGAAGCCUGCGCGGUUGAAGAAGGAGGAGUGA